GCGGGUGGCCGCGGCUCCCGGGCGCCGGCACUUCCUCCUGCGGCGGCCGGGAUGGCGGCCCGGCUGCUCCUGUUCCUGCUGGUUCCGCUGCUGUGGGCCCCGGCCAGGGUGCAGGCCGGUCCCGACGACGACCUGAGCCGCCGGAACAAGGAGCCGCAGGCGCCCGCCCAGCAGCUGCAGCCGCAGCCCGCGGCCGUGCAGGGCCCCGAGCCGGCGCGGGCCGAGAAAGGACUUACCCCAGCAGCCCCAGUUCAUACCAAUAAAGAAGAUCCAGCAACCCAGACCAACUUGGGAUUUAUCCAUGCGUUCGUGGCAGCCAUAUCGGUUAUCAUUGUGUCCGAGCUGGGUGACAAGACGUUUUUCAUAGCGGCCAUCAUGGCCAUGCGCUAUCACCGGCUGACCGUGAUGGCCGGCGCUAUGCUGGCCCUGGGCCUGAUGACCUGCUUGUCAGUGCUGUUCGGCUACGCCACCACGGUCAUCCCCAGGGUGUACACGUACUAUGUGUCCACGGCGCUGUUCGCCAUCUUUGGCAUUCGGAUGCUCCGGGAAGGCUUGAAGAUGAGCCCAGACGAGGGCCAAGAGGAACUCGAGGAAGUGCAAGCAGAGCUGAAGAGGAAAGACGAGGAAUUCCAGCGAACCAAGCUCUUGAACGGCCCGGAUGUGGAAGCCGGCGCGAGCACGGCCAUGCCGCAGAAGAAGUGGCUGCACUUCAUCUCCCCGAUCUUUGUGCAGGCGCUCACACUCACCUUCCUGGCCGAGUGGGGCGACCGCUCUCAGCUCACCACCAUCGUGCUGGCCGCCAGAGAGGACCCCUACGGCGUGGCGGUGGGCGGCACGGUGGGCCACUGCCUGUGCACCGGCCUGGCGGUGAUCGGGGGCAGGAUGAUAGCCCAGAAAAUCUCCGUCAGAACCGUGACAAUCAUAGGAGGCAUCGUGUUCCUGGCGUUCGCAUUUUCCGCACUAUUUAUUAGUCCCGACUCUGGUUUUUAAGACCUGCUCAUCUGCAUUCAGGUUUCAGGGCAGGCAGGUGGCCCUUGUCUGUACAUAGUGUACAUUACCACUGAAGGCGACGGGGAAUACUGUAUUUUGUAGCAUUGAUUUGUGAGUUUGCUGCAUUUAAUGAAAGUAUUAUGUCCCAAAGAGAUAAUCAAUCAUUGAUUGUGUGUGGAACCUGGGUGUUUGAAAGAAACCCAGCUCCCUCCAUGUGUGGCUUCUCCACUUUGGCAGCGUGAUCAUGCGAGUGUGGCUCCUGUUCCGGGCCCAUGGCUGUAGCACGGGGCAGUGGGCACCACCACGAUUCCCGUCCAGAACGGAGGCUUUGUAAGGAGUGUGCAUUCGCUCCUGGAUCACUGAGGUGUUUUGUUUAUUGUAACGUUUUUCUUGGGGAAAGAAUGAAUUGGUUUCUAUUUUUAAGAAAGGCUUCCCUGUCUAGUAAGCAGUUUUACCUUAGAUCUUUGUUAAAGAGACCAGUGUGAUUCCAGUAGUAGACCCAGCGACAGCUGUCAGCCGGUCCACGCUUCCUUUUUAAUUGGGUAGGACACCCAAUAUAGAAACAGUCAAUAUUUGACAAUGUGGAGUUACCAAAUUAAAGAAUACUAUGAAUGUAUUCAUAUUUUUUCUAUACUGAAUAAAGAGUGUAACCUAGCUGCGAUGUAAAUAAAAGUGGUACGACCAGUACUCGUGUUGCUUCCUGUGUAUCCAGGGUCAGG